GUCCCAAACAAAGUCCAAGCUAACAAUUUGCUUCCUUAUUGUGCACCACGGAACGUUGUGUUCGGAAACAUUGGUACAUGAUGUUGUGAAUUGUUUGUUGUGUGUGUUUUUCGUGCGUGCGUCUAGUAAUAAAACCAUUAAUAAUCGUUCGCUAGUGAUUCACGUUAGUGUGACCACGAGUCAUCUGAGCGCCACAGAGCAAGACAGUGAGCGUUGAAACGCCGGAUUCUGCCAGCUGGUGCUCCCCUUCAGUGGACGAUGAAUCAUUUCGUGUGCAAACACAUGUCGCCGGCCACACGAAAGGGCCAGCCAGCACGAGAGCGUGUCUCCUACAGCUGGAUGACAACGAUGCAUCUGUGCGUGUCUAUCUCUGAACGUCUAAGCUGAACGUGAACUUUGUUCUAUCAAGCAUCGCAGCCCCAGACAGGCGGAAUACGGUCGAUGAUUCCGCGUAUCACAGUCUUGCUUAUCGCUAGACAUCCCACGAGAGAUAGAGAAAAGGAGUGAGAGAGCGAGAAUUCACGCGAUGAGUCACACUUUCGGUGGACAGCUUGGAUUCAAUCGAAGGAAAAUGUAAGGAGUAGUACAAACAGAGAGAAUGCAAUCAUUAAAAAACCAAUCGGAAUCGGAAGAAUGGUGAAAGUGAGCGUGAAUACAAAAGAAUGGAAUCGAAACAAACGCGAUCCAAGGUGUUUAGUAGAUAAACGUUGUGCCGGUGAAGAAAUCUUAUAAUCUAGGAAGUGCGAGUACCUGAUAUUGAGCCUAGCUCUCUCUAUCGUACAUUUUUGCUCUAUCUAAUCGUCUCGAUGCACUACCACGAUGCCCGGGGGAACCGACUACGUGAUUGUGAAGACCAAAUCCUACAUCCUGAGAAUGAACCGGGAGGAGAACCUGUGCUGGUUUCAUGGCAAAAUCACUCGCGAAGAUGCGGAAGACCUGUUGCGCCGUGAGGGCAGCGAGGGUGUGUUUCUGGUGCGCGAAAGCUCAUCCUCCGACGGUGACUUUGUGCUCUCGGUGCUGUUCAAGGGCGAGGUGAUUCACUACGCGAUACGGCACCACGGAGACGACGCGUUCUACUCCAUCCAAGACAACACACCGAUCCACGGGCUCGACUCGCUGAUCGAGCACUACCAGCGUGACCAGGGUAACUUGGUUACGCGCCUACAGGUGCUCUGCCGCUGUGAUCCUCCACCACACCACGUACGCAGCCACGGUACCACGAAUCUGCUGCACCGCGCAACGAAGGAAAGCAACUACACGGUAGUGUCGGAGCUGCUCAAGUGUGGCUACCGGAACAUUGACUCCAAGAAUCAGGACGGGCAAACGGCGGUCCACCUUGCGUGUCUGCAUGCGGACGACAAAAUACUGCAGAAGCUGAUCGAACGCGGUGCCAACAUCAACAGCCGCGACGCAAAGGGCAACACACCGCUGCAUUACGCCUGCGCCAAGCGAAAUGGACUCGAGAUGGUCCGUAUGCUGGUGAAGGCAUCGGCGAACGUACAGGCACGGAACAGCGAAACCGGUUGGGUUCCGUUGCACGAGGCGGCCGAAAAUGGAAAUAUCGAUGCGAUCAAGGAGCUGCUGGCCAGUGGAGCACCGCACCGGCCCCGGUCAGACUUUGGCGAGAUGCCAUCGGAUCGGGCCCGCCAACGGGGUCACUUUCCGGUGGUCGAGUUCCUGAACGCCUACGAACCCGCACGGCCACUAACGCACAAAGACCUCUGGUACCACGGUACCAUGGAACGGAUCGGUGCGGUCGGCUAUCUGCGAGAGUAUGCGGCCAAGCUGAAGCUCAAGCAUGGCCGUAACAAAGAGAACGAAAGCAUCGAGACCACGGAGACGGGCGAGUCACAAUCGGGCACGUACCUGGUCCGUUACUCGGCCAAACAAAACGUCGACGUGCUGACGUUGCUGUUCGAGGGUGAACCGAAGCAUUUCAUCAUCCAGCGGCAGCAGGACUGGCUGUACAUCGACGAAGGUCCGUUCAUGAACUCGCUUGAGCAUCUGAUCGAUCACUAUUCUCGCUUUUCCGAUGGUUUACCGAUCAAUCUGCGGUUUCCGGUACCACCCCGGCCAAAACCACCGAUACCGGGCUUCGAUACGAUUCCGAAAUCGAAACUCAAACCGACCCGGGGUUCCUCUGGCACCAGCACCAGCUCCUCAACCACUUCUUACUCGAUGGUGCAACAUCAUCAUCACCACCACCAUGCUGCGACCACCGUACCGGUCACCGCGAAUGGUUCGUCCGGUCUGUCCAGUUUGUUACGCAAAUCGAGCGACAAUGCUCUCUCGCCCAAAGGGACUCCCGUACCGGCUCGCAAUCUGUCCGUACCGAAUGAUGCGAUGAACACGAUCGGACUGUUCGAUCGAAGCCCCGAAAGGCGCUCCGAUACUCGUGUGCCGGCUCCUGGCAAACAUUCCCCCUCGGGAGGGGAUGGUGAGGGGAAGGUGAAGCAUACGGGUAGCGGUGGCUCACAUCAUGCCGGUUCCUCGCCAACCCUGAAAACGAUCAUGGACGGUGUGAGAAGCCUUCGGAAGAGUAAGCACAAGAUGAAAUCACCACCACCGACGUCACAGUCCGGAGAAACGGCGAUGCAUGAAGUUGCCGGACCAUCCACUUCCAUCGAACCCACCGUCAGCCCUUCGAAGCUGCUCCAGCAGUUGAAGUUUUCCUCCGAUUUCAAUCUGGCAUUGGCCGGUACCGGAACAACCACUGGCAGCGCAUGCGACGAAAUCUACAAGAUUCCAACGAACAACUGUGCCAUCGUGGAUAUCGACAUCGGUGAGCCAUUGGCCGGGGAUCCAGUACCAUUGUUAACGCUUCCGAUCGAUACAUCAUCGGCACAACCGCCUGCCAUCCCUCCCAAGCUGUCCUCACCGCCGCUUACCCUAGACACUGUGAACAACAAUGCGUCUGAGGCGCCUGAGGAUUACUUCACACAAAGUGAUGCAACAGUAGGCAGCGAUGCGUUGCCCGAUGACAACGAAGACAUUUACUUCAUCGAAGCACCGAUCCAGUUACAACAAACGAUACCGCCUGAGGGUACACAGAAUGAGGAGGCAGAAUCGCAGAACAACAACAACAGUGCCACAGUGGAACCGGAACCAGUUGGUCAGCUGCAGGCCCGCCCAAUGGCCGCAGCAGCACCGACCAACUAUAUCGUUACGAAGACGGUUCCCAUUUUUAGCAGCAUUUCGGUGGACGAUUCCUGUCAAUCGCCAACCUCACCACCGAUCGGUAUGCGAGCGAGCAAACUGUUCGAGCGGCUCGAUUCAACCCAGUCCGGCAUGAGUAGGCGCAGUGUGCUGAGUGGAGAGAGUGCGCUGUUUUCGUUCUUUCAGCAUCAGCAGCAAUCGCAGCAGUCGCAGCAGCAGCAACAUCAGCAGGCGGGGCUCGUCACGAACUCACAGCAACCGAAUGGCCAGCAAGGUAGGGAAGGACCGAGUUACUUCAUCCCGAAGGAAUGCAUCCACUCGGAGACGGUGUUGGGUCGUGGUGAGUUUGGUUACGUGUACCAGGGCUAUUUGGAACCGUGGCCGGAAGAGGUGGCUACCAUCGGUUUGGCCUUACCUGGUGCUAGUCCGGCGGUGAUGGGACGUGUGCCGGUGGCCAUCAAGAAGGUGUUCGAUAGUCAGGAGCGACGGCAGCGGACGGAUUUCCUACGUGAAGCGAGCGUCAUGAUACGGUUGCGGCAUCACUGCAUCGUUCGGCUGAUCGGCAUCUGCAAGGGUCCACCGCUCAUCAUGGUGCAAGAGCUGAUACCGCUCGGUUCGAUGCUAGUCUACAUUACGAAAAAUCGGGCAACCAUCAAACCGAACCAGGAGAUGAUGAUCUGGGCGGCACAGAUCGCCAGUGGAAUGCAGUAUUUAGAAGAGAAGCACUUUGUGCACCGUGAUCUGGCGGCCCGCAACAUACUGCUGGCGAACAAAUAUCAGGCCAAAAUAUCGGACUUUGGCCUAUCGCGUGCCAUCGGUGCCGGGCAAGAGUAUUACCGUGCUAGUCAGGGCGGCAAGUGGCCCAUCAAAUGGUAUGCUCCGGAGAGCUUCAACUACGGUACAUUCUCACACGCCAGCGACGUGUGGUCGUUCGGGGUGACACUGUGGGAAAUGUUUUCCUACGGUGCACCGCCCUACCACGAUCUGAAGGGAGUGGACGUAAUCAAGCUAAUCGAGGCGGAUCAGCGCCUGUUGCAACCGGAAGCCUGCCCGGACAAGGUGUUCGAUGUGAUGCGCAACUGCUGGCAGUACAAUCCGAAGCUGCGGCCCACCUUCCGCUUCCUGCACCGGUUCUUCUCCGAUGACAUCGCGUAUCAAAACCUACAGGAGCUGGUCGGGGGGGGAAGCGAAAUCAAUGCCAAUGUGGGUAGUACCGCCAGCGGGCAGUUCUGAGGGGUGGCCUCUUCCCCCCCGGUGUAUCGUGAUAAGGCCGCGCGCGGUGCAUAUUCGAGUGUACCCCCGGAAAGAGGUUGUAUUAAGGAAUUGUAAACUGUUUGUUUUUUUUUUGUUUAUUUUAUCUUCUAAUUAGUCGGGGGUUUGAUAACUUAUUUUCUCUUGCCUAUUUAUUUCGCUCACAAGACAAUACUUUUGGUGCAAAUAUGUGGGAUGCUGUGUUUCUAGCCUUUUUUCCAUUUAUUUUUAUAUCAGAUCUAACGUAUGCUGUGUGUGUGUGUGUGUGUGUGUGUGUGUGUGUGUGUGUGUGUGUGUGUGUGUGUGUGUGUGUGUGUGUAUGUGUGUGUGUGUGUGUAUGUGGUGCCAAUUCAAAAUUGGUUCGCCAUAUAGAAGGUCGAUGAUAAGAAUUUAGCUUUAAGGUGAAGCCGAUAUGCGGUUAAAGAUUGGCUAACCAACUGCCAUCAGUGAGGAUCGACAUAAAAGCACAACUUUACGGCUAUCCGUUUAAUAUGAGUAUCUCCUGUUCUCGGAACCGCUUCUGGUUUCGUUAGUUGUGCGAUCAAGUGAUCUAAAGGGUGUCAUACUAGAGCGUAGAUAGUACGGGAACCCUGUGCCACUUGUCAGAAUCACAGAAGGACACACCAUACGACACAGAGGACUUGGUUCAGAUCCAUGACUCAGUUAGAUUUCCGUAUUUUACGACAUUGUUUUUAACGAAUUAUUAGACCAAUGCUCAUGUCCGUUCGAGUCAAUUGUGUGGAGAAACAAAAAACGAUAAAAUAGUGAUCGAAACCGUCCCUUCUCAUUGUGAAACGAAACCAUCAACUCGGAUAAUGUUAUCGGACGGAUAAUAGACCGUUUGGAAAAUCACUUAUUUUAGGUGCCAUCAAGCUAGCUAGUUAGCUUGAUGGCAGAUAUUCAGUUCUUGCCAGUCAGUAUCAAAACCUCAUCGCUGGACACGCAACACGCACGCAGUCCAUAUCAGUUGAAUUAAUGUGUGUGGCCGUGCGACGAGUUGACAUAUGCCCCGCAUAUUGUUAGUUCCUCAUAGAUUCCUCGUAGGCGAAUGAUUGUAAAAUACUGUGCAUAGACACAUGCGACAGCGCAUUAAACCGACCGACGCAUUUUCCCAAAUGUUGAUAGUAUUGUACAGACACAGUAACAUUUAUUUAGGCAGGUAAAUUAGAGUAAAUGGAUCGAUUUCCGGGGUAAUUGUGAACAAUACGAAAUACAUUGAUAUUUUUUUAUCUUGUACAACAA